GGAGGAGUUGUUCUGAAGCUAUUAUACUGGACCAAUGCCCAGAGAGGCUCAGGUAGGAGCCUGAGCUGGGAAGGCAAAGGCCAUGGUUGCCCAGAUUCCUUCAGCCAUGCUGCACUGGCAGUUCAGAUGGGCUCUGCCCUGGGCCUUUCUCCUGCUACUACUAAGUUCCCAACUCCUGGUGACUCACAGAUGGAGUUCCCAAGAGAAGGGGGACAAUAAUGAACAAAGGGACAUGGAACGUCAUUUCCCUGCCACUGUGGAGUAUGCCUUACACAUAUUCAACCUACAGAGCAAGGACUCAAUGGCCUACAGGCUGGUGCGCAUCUUGAAUUCCUGGAAGGAACAGAUAGAAGACAUCCUGACAUUCUCCAUGGAGAUAAAGCUUCGCAGAACUAAAUGUGAGAAAUUUGAUGAAGACAUUGACAACUGUCCCUUUCAAGAAAGUCCAGAGCUGAACAAUACCAUCACCUGCUUCUUCACCAUCAGCACUGAGCCCUGGAGGACAAAGUUUGAACUCCUGAACAAGACCUGCUUGGAGGGCUUCCUUUGACUGAGGCCAUCCCCACCUGGCCUCUAGCUGUUCUUCUUCUGGACACCAGCAUUUCUAUGUAGGUGACAACACCAGGUUGUUCUCUUGCAAGUGUCCGGGUCUCACUUCCAGGCAUUAUGGAAAUUCCUCACUGUCCAAUUUUUUCGUGUA